CAUGUGUAGCGUUUUCUCUCCUCCUCAUGGCGGUCUAAUGGCGCGGGGAUAAUAUUCUAGGGUUUUAGCGAUGGCGAUGGCGGUGUUGCCAAUCCAAGCCCGGCCUGCCGCUGCGAUCGCGAGGAGCACGCCAUUGCCGUCAGCGGCGCGAUGCAAUGCGGCAGCGAGCGCAUUUGUUCCAGGAGCUUCGUUGACGUCUCGUGAGGUUUUUGGCGAUGGCGUGCUGCGGCUGAGAGCGCGGAGCGGCAAUUCGAUGCUAGCAACGAGACGGACUGCCAGAGUGAUGGCGCUGUUUGGGCUUGGCGUGCCCGAGCUCGUCGUGAUCGCCGGAGUGGCGGCGCUGGUUUUUGGGCCCAAGAAGCUCCCAGAGAUUGGGAAGAGCCUCGGCAAGACUGUCAAGAGCUUCCAACAAGCAGCGGACGAAUUCCAGACCGAGCUCACAGCGAAGAAAUCCGCCGAGGAAGAAGAAAAAGUUCCCGGAUCCUCGGAAGAAACCGAAGCAGUGAAGAAGACAACGGCCAAGGAGAAUGUCGAGGUGUGAGAGCGAAAUCUAGAUCGAAAAAACGCGGACAUCAGUCUAUGGGUGGUGAUAUAAAUCGUUGUCGUCAGGAAAAGCGCGAGAGCUUUUCACUCAGACGAACGAGACCUUACAUGGAUUCAUCAUCUGUCCGUGAGAAAAAAAAUCGAAUUCCACAAAGGAGAUUUUAGGGUC